UCACACCACGACCGAGGCGAAAGCUCGCCGCUCUCCUACUACUACCCUCCCACCGCGAGCCGGAGACCAGCUGCAGCGAGCCCCAUGGCAUCGCCGGCGCCGGCGCUGGCCGACGUGGACCUGGGCAAGCUGAGCUACGAGAUCUUCUCGCUGCUCGAGAGCAAGUUCCUCUUCGGCGGCGCUGGCAUCGGCUCGGUGCCGGGGACACCGGGGCGAGCGGUUCUUGGAGAGGACAGGGGGAGGGUGCGGGUGCUGGCCAUCGACGGGUGCGGGCCGGGGCCUGGGGACGCGCUGCUGGCGGCGGCCGCGCUGGCGAGGCUGGAGGCGGCGCUGAGGGCGCGGGCUGGGGACCCCGGCGCGCGUGUCGCGGACUUCUUUGAUGCCGCGGCUGGGGCGGGGGCGGGGGGUGUGCUUGCGGCGAUGCUGUUCUUGAAGGGGGAGGAUCGGAGGGCGAGGUACACGGCGGCGGAUGCGCUGGAGUUCAUGGCAGCGAGCCUCGGGAAGGGCGGGUGGGGUGGGGACGGCGGCGGGUGGCGCAGGUGGACGGCGCUGUUCCGGCGGGGGGAGAAGUCCCCGCUGCGGCGGGUGUUCGGGGACGCGACGCUCAGGGACACCGUGGCGCCGCUGCUGGUGCCCUGCUACGACCUCGCCACCUCCGCGCCGUUCCUCUUCUCCCGUGCCGACGCCGUGGAGAGCGACAGCUUCGACUUCCGCCUCCGCGACGUCUGCGCGGCCACCUGCGCCAGCGGGUCCGCGGCCGCCGCCGUCCGGUCGGUGGACGGGCGCACGGCCAUCGCCGCGGCCUCCGGCUGCGUUGCCGCCAUGGGCAACCCCACCGCCGCCGCCAUCACGCACGUGCUCCACAACAAGCAGGAGUUCCCCCUCGCCGCCGGCGUCGACGACCUCCUAGUCGUGUCCAUCGGCUCUGGCUCCUCGUCCGGCGCCCCGGCCCCCUCCGCCGGCUGGCGAACGCCGAUCCCCUCGCGCUCGCCUUCGCCGGCCGAGAUGGUCCGCCUCACCGCCGAGGGCGUCGCCGACAUGGUCGACCAAGCGGUGGCCAUGGCGUUCGGCCACACGUGCGGGCGCAACUACGUUCGCAUCCAGGCGGCGUCGCCGGCGUGCUCCGGGAAGGCGCUGAGCUCGCUGGACGCGAAGAAGGCGGUGGCGGUCGCGGACGGCAUGCUGACACAGCGGAACGUUGAGGCGGAGCUGUUCCGGGGUCGGCGGCUGUCGGAGAAGUCCAACCACGAGAAGCUGGACGCGUUCGCGGCGGAGCUGGUGAAGGAGCACGAGCGGCGGCCGCGCCGCCCGGGCCUCCCCACCGUGGCCAUCAAGCAGGCCGCAACGCCGCGGCUGUCGUCGGCCACCACCGCCUCGUCUGCCACCGCCACCGGCCGGACCGUGUCCACCAUGCCGUCGCCGGCGUCGCAGGGCUCCCACCGUUGCUAGCGAUCGAGCGUGGCCGUGGAGCACGCGCACGUCCGUCCGUUCUAAGUUUUGUACAUGCCGUGGUGGACAGAGGAAAGAGGCUCUUCUUCCUUUGUUUUUUCAUUCUUUUUUUUCUCACAUUGACGAGUCACUGAUAUGUAGGCCAAGCCGAGAACGAGCUUAUCCUUGUUUAUUUGAUGUAGUAACUUCAUUCUUUUUUCUUCACAUUGACGAGCAGCUUCUAAUAUGAGCACGAUAAUUCCUGGU